AUGCCUCCAGCACCACCGACGGCAGCUUACUUGCAGCACUACUAUCACAAUCACAUCCACCAUCAUCACCAUACCGUUCAUCAUUGCUGCGAUCCUUCCGUAUCGGACAAUUCCUCAGCAGAAGUGACACCCACGAUUCAAGCACAAGGUGACACUUGUUGGACCCUUCCGGCAACAAUGUGUUCCAUGGAAGCAAGAGCACCAGAACUCUAUCCUCUCCGCUAUGAACCAAGACGGAGAAUUUUCGGAAAAAUGGCGUCGAAUCCUUUCACGAAACCUGCGAAUGUACAAACCACUGAACCAGAACUGUCUCAUGUCGCACGUUGGUUGGACACAAUUCGCCUGGAUGAUAUUGAGAAGUAUCAUGAACCAUUGUGA